ACCUGGAAAUAUGAAAUACUGGUUUCGAGGCAUGUUGACUAUUUUUUCUUACAAGAAGAUGAUGUCAACAGUCUGUGAAAAACCUCCAACAGAACCACCUCUGGCUACUAGCUAUGAAGCAGAAGAAAAAUAUGCAGAUUGGAUGAAAUCCGAUCGUAUGGCACGUUAUUGCAUGCUUUCCACCAUGCCUGACGAAACAAAGGAAAAAUAUAUACACUAUGACUCAGCCCAUGAGAUGUGGAGAGCAAUGACAGAGGAAGUCUAUGCUGAGAGUCGUCGUUUAUAUCAAACGAAAAAGAAUCAAAACCCUGAAAAGGAGGAAGAAACUGAUGAGGAUUAUGGUAGCAAGUAAGGAGCUGGAGAAGUUGGAGAGCAGUAGUUUUUUAUUUUUUAUUUAGUAAUUUUAUUGUUAGUUGAACAAUUUUAAUUUCUUUAU